CUCUAUUUCAUUUUCUAGGAUUUCGAAAUCUAAAAACGUUUCUGAAUCUAACCAAGUCAAUGUCAUUCGAUGAGCGCUGUCAGUCCGGGUAUCCUUUGUCCAUGGCUUGGUUACCUAAUGAACCAUACUCAGGAGUGACCGGWCCACGUACGAUUAACGGUUCAAAAGGAAUGGUUGCAUACGGGAUAUUUCCAGGUAUAAUCAACCAGAUGGUCCAGCAUUGCUGUCCAAGAAGUAAAAUCAAGUACGCUAAAAUGUUGAGAGCGAUUCGCGAUGCAGACAGGAAUCUAAAGACAAACAGUUACGAUUUCACGUACCCGGUGUACGUCCAGAAGUGGAAGAGCAAGACAUAUAAGGACAAGCCAUUUGUACCCGUUGUCCAGGCCCCUCGCGUUAUGUUGAUUGUAUACGAUGACAUAGAAGCGAGAGCGACGAAGACAUCCCUACUUGUAAACACAAUCUUUUCAGCAUGGCCUUUCUUAUUGUUUAUUCUUGGCGUUGCCAUGACAGCUGGACUGGUCGUCUGGAUGCUGGAAAAGGUUGCUCGUUCUCAGGAAUUCACGGUUAAGUUUGCGACUGGAGCCUGGGACGGAUUUUGGUGGGCAGUUGUUACUAUGACAACGGUUGGGUAUGGUGACAAGGCACCAAAGAGCAUACCAGGWCGGUUAUUUUGCUUGUUAUGGAUCAUUGUUGGGAUCAACAUAGUGGCGACGUUCACAGCUCUYAUCACAGCUACAGUAACAGCAAACACACAGCCUUACUUCAAUAUCAAUGGCGCCAAGAUUGGUGCUGUGGAUGGAAGUGAGGAGUUUCGUCUUGGAGUGCAAAUGGGUGCAUUUAUGAUAGGUUUCAAGCAUCCCUCGAAGAUGACAAAGGCGCUCAAGGCCCACGACAUCGACGGACUGCUGAUCGAUAACUACGCCUUAACGAGGUUUUCGAAGUUCUUUGAAACCGAGAAGACAAUUCGUCUGGAGUCGACCAUCGAUCAUAGAAUCAGCUAUGGGAUGGUUCUACCCUCGGGAAACACAAAAACCGAGACUUGUAUCAGGAAAUACAUGAAGAAUUAUCGCCAGGAAACAUUUGGCAGCAUUUCAAAACAGCUGAGACCUUUGUCACAGAGAAAAGGUAGCCAAUCAGACUACAGUGUUGAAGCAGCAGGCCUUCUGUUCUACCAGGAGGGUCUCUUCACSGAUGUGAUACAAUAUGGUUGCGCAUGCGUGGGAAGCCUUGUCGUGAUUGGUUUGAUCUGGGAACUYGCAUACAGACGACAUAAAGAGGGAUUCCAUCGACUUUUAAAUCGCUUGCGCGGUUUUUCUUCCCCAAGUAAGGGAUCAUCUCAAAUUGAGGAAAAACUCGCCAAUGAAGACCUCACCACCAUUGAGAGAAAGAGAAAAGAACUUGUCAUGGAGCACCGAAGAUUCCAGACAAAAUGGAUAGAUCAGCUUUCAAAUCUUAAUAGCACACGACAGAAAUAGUGUACAAUAAAUACAGCGAAACCCCGUUACUACGGUCAUUUAAUAGGCCGUCAUAAGGCAAACGUAUUAGUUMUAAGCAACUUAAUCCACCAUACAUUUCAACCCCGCUAAUACGGGCACUUUUUGUUGUYGCUUCAGUGGUCGGAUUAGUAAGGUUCCACUGUAUUUAUAAUGAUUAUAGGAUUAGCUUAGGUGUUUGCAUCGAAACAAUUUUGAGAUGAAAUGACCGUCAAUCUUACUCAAGGAAGAUAUCGGGGAGAGGGGGUGGGACUUCCCAAUAAGAAAGGGCGGGGGUCCUCGUCGUCCAUUUUAGGGUUUGAAAUCAGUGUUUUGGUCCCGCUUAGGGUGAUAAUGACGAGAAUUUAAACCAACUGAGUUUUGUGGUCGCUUUUAAGCUAUACAACGAGGUCUAAGCCAUCAUUAAAAGAAAUGUAGGCACUGCCACGCCCAUCAUCUAACAAUACACGUCCCUUUUAGGGGUCAUUUUCAGAAUUUCCGACGAGGACCCCCACCCUUUUAUAUUAGGGAGUCCACCCCGAAAAAAGAUAUACWGAGAUAGAAAACGCAUGUCKGUUUCCAAAGSUUAAUCUCGCAUGUGUUGAAACAUUGCGAAUAAGUCACUAUAGAUAUAUCGAGGCCUUGUCCGUASCUACACGUUUUUGAGAAUGGAGCGAUAUAGUUAAGCUACAAUAUCGAAUAAGUGUAGAAAAGGCCAGAAAAAGCAUCGAUUUAGAUAAAUUGACAUUUGAAUAACAACGUUUAAUGAAUGACUGUUAAAGACACUUUGUACUUUCUUCGCAAUAGAAUUAGAUCUUGAAUUCAAUGUUGGAUUCAAUGUUUCAAGUCCUUUUAGGGAGGGGAGGGUGCACUUUAAUAAAUCUCAUCAUUAGUCUCAUGAACAUAUUUCCUUAGUCAGAAACUGAAUAAAUAUCAGAUAAUAUUUCAA